AUGUCGAACCCAAACCUCGCAGAGGUCAUGGACGAUGGCCCGGCCUCAAUAUCGGACAAGCUCACGCUGCUGCCAGGCUACGAGCCCGAUUUCUCUGCCGUCACAUUCUGCCUCAAGGAGGAAGACCACACGCUGGGCAACUCGCUUCGAUACAUCAUCAUGAAGGACCCCCGAGUCGAGUUCUGCGGUUAUAGCAACCCACACCCUUCGGAAAACAAGAUCCACCUUCGCAUUCAGAUGUAUGACCACGCUUCGGCACUGGACGCUCUCCGCGAUGCCAUCGAGAACUUGGAUCAGCUCUUCGCCGCUAUCGGCGAGGCGUACGAUCAAAGCCUGAGCGCUGGCAAUUACGAGACGCACGUCGAGCCAAAGUUGGAUCACAAUCGUCUGGCACAGAUGGCCGAGGAAGGCAAGAAGCGACGUGCUGAAGAACAGGCGAGGGAGGCAGAAGCACGCAAACAGGCGGCGCAGGCUGCUGCUGGUCGUCCCAUGUGA